AUGAAGAGCAAACGUGCACAAGAAGCUGCUUCUGUAGCCGAAGAGAAGCCCACAGAGUCUCACGACGAUGCGAAUCUUCCCACAAAGAAGCGCAAGCGGGACGACGAGGUAGAGGACACAGGCAAGAAGGCCAAAAAGGACAAGAAGAAGAAGAAGGGCGAGAAGGAGAGCCGCAAAGAGAAGAAGGACAAGCGCAAGGAUCUCCAGGACCUCCCCGGCGAGGACAACGACGAGCCGGAAGCCGCCAAUGGCGAGGUGAGCGAGGCGGCGCCGGCAGAGUCCAAGGCGAAGAAGGACAAGAAGGACAAGAAGGACAAGAAAGAGAAGAAGGAGAAGAAGAGCAAAAAGGAAAAGAAGGACGACGACGACGAAAAGACGGACGAGCCACCCAAGAAGAAGUCCAAAAAGGACAAGAAAAAGGCCUCUUCCUCCUCCGACGAGACAACAACCGUCGCCCCCCAAGACGCCAUCCCCAACGGUGCUAGCAACGGCAUCGACCUGGACGUCGAGGGCGGCGCCGCCGCCAAUGGUGACGAUGCGGCGGCCGAGGGACAAGAGUCCGAAAAGCCGGACCGUCACAUCGUCUUUGUCGGCAACCUGCCAUUCACGGCCACGGCGGCGAGCAUCUCGGCGCACUUUGCCUCGCUGUCCCCCAUUGCCGUGCGGUGCCUGAACAACAAGGGCGACACCAAGAAUACGUGCAAGGGCAUCGCGUUUGUCGAGUUUGCCCACGUCUGGACGCAGCGCACCUGUCUCGACCGGUUCCACCACAGCAUGUUUGACGACGGCCAGUCGGCGCCGCGCAAGAUUAAUGUCGAGUUGACGGCUGGCGGCGGCGGCACCUCGGAAAACCGGGCGGAAAAGAUUCGCGAAAAGAACCGCAAGCUCGACGAGAACCGCGCCAAGCGCAUCGACAAGGAAAAGACGACCAAGGCAGAGGCCAAGGGCGAUAGUGGCACCAAGGAGGAGCAGGAGGAGCACAUGGACGAGCAGGUCCACCCGAGCCGCCGCGCGCAAAUGGGGAGCGACGCGCCUCCGGAUGAUUUCCAGAGCGGAGGUGGUGGUGGCGGUGGUGGUCGCCGUGGCGGCUGGGGCGGUGGCGGCCGAGGAGGCGGCGGUCGUGGACGGGGAGGUCGCGGUGGCCGAGGUCGCGGACGCCGGUAG